GCUUUCCACGAUUGAAAUUCUUGAUUGGUUAGAAAAAGUACAUAAUACUAGAUACUAGAGGAGCAAUUGCAUUUUGGAACGCAGAAAAUAAGGGAAAUGUAAACCAACAAGACCAACAAAUACAAUGGGGAAAAAGAAGAAAAACAUUUCUGACAUAGUGAGGAGUAAGCAGAAGCCUUCAGCAAAAAAGAUAAAUCCUUUUGAAGUGAAAAUCAACAGAGUCAAACAUGAUGUAUUGGGAAGGAAGGUGUCCAAACAUGACAAGGGAAUGCCAGGCUUAUCUCGGUCAAAGGCCAUGAAGAAGAGAGAGCAAACACUAUUACAUGAAUACGACCAGAGAAUGAAAAGCAAUACAUUUGUGGACAAACGGUUUGGAGAGAAUGAUACCAAUAUGAACAUUGAAGACAAAAUGAUGAAAAGAUUUGCCAUGGAGAGAUCUCAUGAUAAGACUAACAAGUAUAGCCUGAAUGAUGAAGAUGAUGACCUAACACAUUAUGGACAGUCACUGUCAGAGAUUGAGAAAUUUGAGGAUCCUGUUGUCAGUGAUGAUGAAGAUGAUGAUGACAGGGGUAAAAUAAGUGGUAAAAUGGUGUCAGAGGAGCACUUUGGAGGAUUUCUGUUUGAAACUCAAGACAAUCCAACAGACCAGAGUAACAAAUCAUGGAAAGAAAAGAUGGAAGAAACAAUUGCAAAAUCUAAAAAAGAAAAACAUGACAGGCAGAUGGAGAAGGAGAAAACUUUACAAAUGACAGAAAAGCUAGACUCAGAAUUCCAAGACUUGAUGAAGCUGAUGUCAAAAUCCAAGAAAUCCAAAGAUGAUCUUAAAGAAAAACCGAAAGUAGAUGAUUAUGAUAUUGCUGUCAGGGAGCUGAAGUUUGAGUCUAAAGGAGAGGCAACAGACAGAUUGAAGACUGAAGAAGAACUUGCAAAGGAAGAGAAAGAACGACUUGACAAGUUAGAGGAGGACCGAUUGCGAAGGAUGAGAGGAGAUGGUGAUGACGAGGAACCCAAGAUUGUUCAUUUCUCUGCUGAUGACCUCAGUGAUGGUUAUGCCCUGGACACAUCUAUUAAAGAAAGAUUUCAUAUCUCAUAUAAAGAUGGGAAGUUACUGAUGCCAGGCAAUGAUGAUGAUGAUGGCAGUAAUUCAGGAGGUGACGAGGAUGGCAGUAGAUCAGGAGGUGAUGAGGAUGGCAGUAGAUCAGGAGAGAAUGAGGAUGACAGUGAUGUGGAAGGGGAGGGUGAUACAGAUGGUGAAGAUGAGGAAGAUGACAAGGAAGAAGAGGAUUCAGCUGAAGAUGAUGAUGAUGACAGUGAUGAUGAUAGCUACAAGGACAUACAGUCUGAUGAAGAGGAAGAAAAGAACACUGAAGAACCAGAAGAUAAGCCUGUAAAGAAGCCAGCUCCCAAAGUGGACCUGAAAAAAAAGAAAAAAAUAAUGGAUGCUGCCAGAAAAGAAGUGCCUUAUGUUUUUGAAAUCCCUACUGAAUAUGAUGACCUCGUGGCACUGUUACAAGACCGUAGAGAGGCUGACCAGUUGAUAAUUAUAGACAGAAUCUGUAAAUGUCACCACCCGAGUCUUGCUGAAGGAAACAAACAAAAACUUGAGGUAUUCCUGGGUACACUGAUACAGUACUAUACAGAUCUUGCCCUGCAGGACCCACCACAGCUUGACCUCAUUGAUAAGUUGACCAUACCAAUCUAUAAAUUGGUCCAAAUGUCUCCUGUUCCUUCAGCCAACUUUGUCCUUGACCAAAUAAAGGACCGUCAGGAAGAGUUCAGACAGAUCUGUAUGAGAAAGGCAGGACGAGGCCUCUACCCAGCCUUGGACACUUUACUGCUGCUGAAGCUUGUGCCAGUGUUGUUUCCUUCGUCUGACUUCCGCCAUUCAGUUACCACACCUGCCAUCAUAUUCAUCACUCAAAUGCUGGCACAGUGUCCAGUUAACCAUGAACGAGACAUAGCAGCUGGCCUGUUCCUUUGUAAUCUGUGUUUGGAGUUUGUGUCGCUAUCCAAGAGGUUUGUUCCUGAAGUGGUGAACUUCCUUCACGGACUCCUGUUCCUAAUCAUACUGAAGGACGACAAUAAAUAUGAGAGUGUGAUACCUCCAUUCAAGCCUAUCGGUAAUAGUGUCAAUCUCCUUCAGUUGGACGCCAAACACAAUUCUUUUGAAUUUAGUCCUAUGAAAAUGAGUGAGGUACUUAACACUGAGAUGGAGCUUGAUGCACUUCGUAAUGACAGCUUCCGGUUGCAGGCAACUCACAGCUGUGUAACUUUAAUUGGAGAAUUCUCAUCACUGUACAAAGAUCUGCCAACAUUCCGAGAGGUUUUCUCACCUAUUCUCUACAUGUUUGGAAAAAUAGACAAGAACCAAUACCCUGUUACUCUUAAGGAGAUGAUGGCAAUGGUGGUCGAGGAGAUAAGUCACCAUAGCAACAUAUUGCGUAAACCACUGGUGAUGAAUAAAAAGAAACCCCAACCAAUGAGAACAUUUGAACCUUUGGUGGAGGAAGUAUUUGAAGAAAGGAAAAUAAAACAAAAGUCAUCAUCAAAACAGUUAAACGAGAAGCAAAAGCUACUGCACAAGUACAAAAAGGAAAUGAAGGGUGCAAUGAGGGAGAUCAGAAAAGAUAAUCAGUUCCUCGCUAGGAAACAGCUCAAGGAUCAAAUAGAGAGAGAUGAGGAGCGUCAGGGUAAGGUGCGGAAACUUCACCAGAUGUUAGCCACACAAGAGGGAGAAUACAAAGCCAUGAAAAGGGCUAAACCUUCACCUUCACCAUCUUGAUGACUUGUUAGCCUGACUAGAUCCAGGUUAAAAGUUUCCUUUCUGAGGUGUGAGUCCUCUCUAACAGAAUAUCAGUUCUAGUCCUGUUCUGUGAGUCUGCUCCAGAAAGAUUUGAGCAUGGAUGCAAGGCAAUUCAUGGUAAAUGGAAAGUAACUGGUUGUGUUAGUUAGUGUUUCCUAGUGAACAUGAAUUAAUAUCUCUGUGCGUUUGAUGUUUGACACUUAUGUAUUGUUAGAUUUAUCAUACUGUUAAAGUGUCACAACAUUUUAUAAGAUAAUUCCAGUAUGAGGGAUUUCUCUAACCUGUAAGCCAAAAUGGAAUUAUUGUCAUUUUGUUACUAGAAUCAUUAAGUCUAUCACUUAAGGAGAAGCUUGUAAACACUGAGUAUGUGAUAAAAAUUGGAAGUUUAGAGAAAAAUGACACGUGUGAGGUAUGACGAUAUAUGGAAUGUGAUGUUUGGAUAGGAUAUUUAUGAAUGAUAGCCAGUCACCAAAUAUUUUGAAAUGCAAGUAUGAAGUGAUGUACAAGGCAGAGAUUUGUUACUGUGAUGAUAUGUAAUAGAUAUUUUAAAUGUGUAUAGAAAAAAAGGGAGGAAAAUUGAAUCAGUUGGAAUUGAAUCUACUCUGAUGCUUUUGUCCAAACAGCUGGAAGACCAGUUUGAUGUAGGAGUGUCUCGUCACAUUUUCUUAGGUAGAUUUACAAGAACAGAUGUCAUCUUUGGUCAUUUCAAUUUCAUGAAUCAUGAACUUGUGAAAACAAGAUUUGUCAUACAAACAUGAGGAAAAAUAUACAUGUAUUGAAAAAAAAUAUUUUUGUAUUCUAAACUGUACCAGGUAUUUGAAUUUUAGCUGUAGUAAACAUGGAAUAUUUGUUGGGAAUGUUGACAUUGAAGAUUAUUUGAAUACCCUAAAAUUUGAAGGGAAGACCCAUCAUAUUUCCUUCAAUUUUAAACAAAUGCAACUUUAUUUAUGCAAGAAACCACAAGCUUAUUUUCAGGAUAGAAUUAUUUUUGAAUUGAGCUUGUUUUGAAAAGAAGACCCAUCUUAUUAUCUUUAAUUGUUAGGCAGUUGCAAGUUUAUUUGUGCAAGAAAUCACAAGCUUACUUUCUGAAAAGAAUUAUGUUUGAUGUCGACUUGUUUUGGAGUUUUUAGGAUAUUUGAACCGGAAUAUAUCCUUGUCUUUCUGUUCCUUUCUUUACGGCAUGUAAGAGAGGUGGGAGACAGGUGAAUGUGAGUGGUAUGUGAGAGAGGUUUGAUAGCAGAGAUGUGAGAGAAAGAGAUGUGACACAGGUGAAUGUGAGCAGAGAUGUGAGAGAAAGAGAUGUGACACAGGUGAAUGUGAGCAGAGAUGUGAGAGAAAGAGAUGUGACACAGGUGAAUGUGAGCAGAGAUGUGAGAGAAAGAGAUGUGACACAGGUGAAUGUGAGUGGUAUGUGAGAGAGGUUUGAUAGCAGAGAUGUGAGAGAAAGAGAUGUGACACAGGUGAAUGUGAGCAGAGAUGUGAGAGAAAGAGAUGUGACACAGGUGAAUGUGAGCAGAGAUGUGAGAGAAAGAGAUGUGACACAGGUGAAUGUGAGCAGAGAUGUGAAAGAAAGAGAUGUGACACGGGUGAAUGUGAGUGGUAUUCUGAAAGUCAAUGUUUACCUGUUGACACAUGUAUGUAAUAAU